AUGGAGGCCCUGGCUUGGCUGGUCCUUCUCUUGUUGCUCCUGGAAGGUGAUCAAAGGGGACUCUGGAGAUGGUAUGGAUCCGAGGAAGUGGUGGCUAUCCUUCAGGAGUCCAUCAGUCUUCCCCUGGAGAUACCAUCACAUGAAGAGGUUGAGAGUAUCUGCUGGUUCUCCCACAUACCACUUGCAAUUGUGGUGGCAGGGAAAGAGGGAAACCCAGCUGUCAUUACUGUGACCAACCCACGCUACCAGGGCCGAGUGAGCUUUCUGGACCCCCGAUACUCCCUGCAGAUCAACAAUCUGAGCUGGGAGGAUGCAGGACCUUACCAAGCCCAAGUCAACCUAAGGACAUCCCAGAUCUCUGUCAUGCAGCAUUACAAUCUACGUCUGUACCGUAGACUGUUGGAGCCCCGAGUCACUGUAAAUUUUGAGAUCUCUGGGGAAGAUGCCUGUAAUAUAUCCCUGAUGUGUUCUAUGGAAACGGCCGACAUGGAUGUGACCUACAGUUGGACAGCCUAUGGAGGCAGCAUUGAUACAGUCCAUGAAGGCCCUGCCCUCAGCACAUUCUGGAGACCUGGAGACAAUGCCCCUUCCUAUACUUGCAGGGCCAGCAAUCCCAUCAGCAACAUCAGCUCCCGUCUGAUUCGUGCUGGGUUUUUCUGUGCAGAUCCCGGAUUCCUUUCUGAGAAGGCCUCAUCUUCCUUCUGCCUCCUGGUCAAGGGACUGCUUCUUCUCUUGCUCUUGGUAACUCUGGCUGUGGGGCUUUGGGUUGUUGGAGUCCAAAAAAGACACCAAGUGCCAAAGACGAAACCACUCAGGAGAAACAGAAUGAAACUUAAGAAGAACUUUGGAAGACCGACUGCCUCUUGA